UAAUGGGUUUAAAUCGUCAAUGCUUCAAUCAUUUGGGUUUCGGCAAAGGAAGUGUUUAUUUAAGAAACACUCUUUCCCACAGCCCCAAACCACAGAAAGCAAGAAAAAUGAAGUCCGUUGUUGUAAUAUGCUUCAUUCUGAGCUUAGUUGCAGGCAGGUCCACAGCCUCCUUUGGGAAGUGCUACGCCAAGUGCUUCAUUGUGUGUGCUAUCACACCAGGCGUCCCUAUUGGCACAUGCGGCGGAAAGUGCUUGGCUGAUUGCCUCUUCCUUGCCUCUGCCCCUAGAGAUCUCAACCAUUUGGACACUCAUUAUUUCUGCAAACUUGGCUGUGCCACUUCUCUCUGCACCAAAUUUAGCACCAAGACAGACCCAGCUGAGAAGAAAGUGGAAAGUUGUGUGAACUCGUGCUCUCGAACAUGUUUGAAGGCUUAAAACUGAGGAGCUGGGAUUGGCUUUAAAGACAAUAAGUGUCAGUGGUGAAAACCAAACACCAUUGGACUCUAAGCAUGUCCCAUGUCUACUAAGCAUGUUUUGAUAUAUCUAAUAUGGUUUCUAGUUUGUCAUGUACUCGCCGUCACUGUGUAAUAAUCAAGGUUGCUUUUCGAUGUUAUGAUAAUGAGAAUGGUGUUUGGUGAUAUUUAGAUUA